AUGUGCCCUCCAGGCACUCGAUGUCCAUACGGACUGGGACCCUUUCCAUGCCCUGCUGGCUUCUACUCUCCAGGGUCAAGCACUGAGUGCAUAGAAUGCAGUCAUGGUUAUUAUUGCCCUGAAAAUUCCUCUGUUCCCAUUCCCUGCGUCCCAGGCGAGGCAUGUCAAGCUCCAUCACGUUCUCCAGAAGCGUGUGGACCAGGUUUCUUUGCAGCAAAAGGAGCCUACAAUUGCACAGUCUGUCCUGCUGGUCAUUUCUGUCCAUCGGCUUCACUAUUCCCCUUUGAGUGUCCUUUGGGAACAUAUUCUUUGGGUGCAGAAACCGCAUGCCAUGGCUGUCCAGCUGGUUUCUUUUGUCCCGCAGUAAAUUGUCAGACUAGAGAUUUGUGCCCGACUGGAGGAUAUUGUUCUGACCCUGCUCGUUUUACACCUUGUCCAGCUGGCACUUACAACAAUAUUCCAGGAUCAUCCAGCUCUAGCUGUUGCAAAGUAUGCCCAGCAGGG